GUCAGCCAGAUACUCUUAAAACAGGUUGGGGGUCAGCGGAACGUACUCAUUCCUGCCCGCCGACGUGGGCGACAUUGGGCCCAUGGUGAAAUGUGCAAGUGGUCCCAACGGGCGACAGGAAGGAAAGGGAAGGAAAUCUAGGGUCGUAACUCAACCAAAAAGAUCUAUGACCAGGCACUUACAAAAGAACCCUGCAUCGACUCGCAUCGUCUUUACCCCGAAAUCUUGGUUCUCGCUCGCUUACGAAGGAAAUAGCCUUCUUCCACUGGCAGAUCUUUCGGAGAUCUCCAGGGGAGGGGUCCUUGUCCAUUUCUGAACAUCACCAAACAUUUAACUUACGUCGUUUCUCCGAGUCCGACCUCGCGCAUACCAGUGCAACUCAACGCAAACCAUGUCCUCCAAAGCUAGCGGACCCAAGACUCGACCAGAUCGUGUAAAACCGCCUGCACAGUCUGCACCCACAGAUGUGACCCCUCAACCACCAUCAUGGAGUCGACGCUCCUCAGCCUCAUCAAUCGCAUCCUUCCACUCCGCACGCUUCCCACCAGACGAGGAAACCCGCAUGCUCUCGUCGUCGAAUGACCUUAAAAGCGAAGCGAACACACAAUUUGCCAAAGCAGACUACUCCUCCGCCAUCGGGACUUAUGAUCGCGCUCUUGCAGAAUUACCGAGCUAUUUGGACUACGAAAUGGCGGUGCUCCAAAGUAACAUCGCAGCAUGUCAUCUGAAACUGGAGCAGUGGAAAGAAGUGGUGGACAGUUGCGAAAAGGGUCUAAACGGGCUGGAACGAGAGUUGCCUACGAAACCGAAGGACAAACCCAAAUCCAGGAAGACAAAGAAUGGCAGUACCAAUACCACGAAGAAGACCAGCAACGGCACGCACCAUCCGCUGAAUUCGGACACAGAGUCUGACUCUGAGCCUGAGCGACCUUCCCCAGCGACGAAAGAAGAAGAUGGGGAAGAUGAUAAAGUAGUCGAACUGCCCUCCGACGCCGACGAGAAGGACACCCAGGCUGCCCUCGCUGCACUCAAUCUCUCCGACACACGCAAAUCCGACAUCCACCGCAUCCGCACGAAACUCUUAUUACGUCGUGCUCGCGCACGCUCGUCACAACAGCCGCAAACCUGGUCCACUCUCUCCGCCGCCCUAGAAGACUACAAAACCCUCAGCACAUCCGCAUACUUCAAUACUUUACCGGCAUCGGAUCAGAAAACCGUCCGGCAAGCGCUGGUGUCUUUACCGCCGCGCGUCAAUGCGGCAAAGGAUAAAGAGGUAGGCGAGAUGAUGGGUAAGUUGAAGGACCUGGGCAACGGGAUUCUAAAGCCAUUCGGUCUGAGUACAGAUAAUUUCAAGAUGCAACAGGGUGAGGGAGGGGGGUAUAGUCUGAGUUUCGACCAGGGUGGCGGGAAGAAGGGUUGAUAGUGACCCCAAAGGGCGAUCAUUCACUUCGUAGAUCGAAGUGAAAGGAACACAGGCAAAAGGAUGUUGUCACAUUCUACUUUCUUGGUCAACUGUCUCCUUUCGUACAGACGUGUAGUGCUCAUUUGGUGCCGACUCAGCCUUUGUUGCACUGUCGUUUCCGUCAUAAAAUCGAUAAACUCCUACACAAAAACCUCCCAACUUCGUAACCAACUCCAAGUUCACCAUGCCGUCAUAUC